AUGCUGGAAGCGCUCUUGACACUUGCAGUCUUUGCUUCCACUGUCCUCACACUUGUCCUUCUCAUGUUGCCAAGUCGAUAUGUCAAACAUUCACCUCCGAAAGAAGCCACGCAAGGUACCGCGAAUGAACCCAAGAUCUCCGUCCAAGUGCUGGUUCUCGGAGACAUUGGGCGCAGUCCGCGGAUGCAAUAUCAUGCUACCAGCAUAGCAAAACAUGGUGGAAGAGUGGAUGUAGUUGGGUACCAAGAAUCUACAUUACAUCCUGGCAUGAUCGACAAUCCCCUGAUCUCAAUUGUGCCCUUGCCACCACCACCGCCUCUUCUUCGCGCGAACAAGCUUCCUUUCAUUAUCGCAGGCCCUUUGAAGGUUCUUUGGCAGAUGUGGAGUUUGUUCCACGCACUUGGCUACCGCACGAAAGCUGCGCAAUGGUUGCUGGUUCAGAACCCUCCUUCGAUUCCCACUCUCUUCAUCGCAAUAGUAAUCUGUUUUCUCCGGAACACCCACCUCAUAAUCGACUGGCAUAACUAUGGAUGGACAAUCCUGGCUGGUACUCGAGGCGAGACACACCCCUUCGUUACAAUUUCGAAAUACUAUGAAGCAGUCUUGGGAAGUUGGGCACCCACUGCCUCAUUUACUGUAACAGAUGCCAUGCAGAAACAACUUCGGAAAAAGCCGUAUAGCGUCAAAUCCCCAAUAUUUACUCUGCACGACAGACCUGCGUCAAUUUUCCAACCAAUUCCCAGUGCCGAAGCUCGAAGGUCUUUUCUUCAAAGAAUACCAGAAUGUCAGAAGCACGCGCAGGAUAUUAUGGCCGGAGAGGUAAAAUUACUUGUGAGCAGCACGUCAUGGACGCCGGAUGAAGAUUUUAACCUUCUCCUCGAGGCACUGUGCACCUAUGCUGCCUCCUCAAACAAUGCGCCACCUAUUCUUGCCAUUAUUACUGGCAAAGGUCCGCAGAGACAAAUGUACCUGGACCGGAUAGCUACCCUUAAAAAAGACUCGAAACUUAACAAAGUUACAAUAUGCACUGCGUGGCUGAGCGCGGAAGACUAUGCCACAUUGCUGGCAUGUGCGGAUCUUGGAGUGUGUCUACAUAUGAGUAGCAGUGGAGUUGACCUUCCCAUGAAGGUUGUAGACAUGUUUGGAGCUGGGCUACCUGUCAUAGGAUAUGGCAACUAUGAAAGCUGGGGAGAGCUGGUAAAGGAUGGUAUUAAUGGAAGGUCCUUUGGCGCCAGUGAAGAACUGGCCGAUGUAUUGCAAGAGCUGUUCACGGAGGAGCGCGGCACACAAUUGGCGAAAUUGAGGCAAGGAGCAGUGAAAGAAGGGAGCAGGAGAUGGGAUGAGGAAUGGGAUAGUGUUGCAGGACGGCUGCUGGGUCUUUUGUGAAUGCAAUAUGUCCAUGUGACGAGACGGCAUGAGCAGGUCGUUGUCAUAUGCCCUGACAUUCGAAUAAGAGGCACACAACGAACGAGAUUCAUUGCAACCAGUCUCACGACAAGAAGUCUCAACAAAGAGAUAAUGAGCUUUAUUUCCAAGGCCCAUCGCUAGGGUCAAACUCCGCAUGUCACAGGAAGAGAAUUUCGACCGUUCAUCUUCUCAGCAGCGAGAUUCAUCAUUGUUCACUAUCUGCUACCUGCUGACAGGUAGACCCGAUGCUGUCGGCCAGAUCUGGGUGUUUUCCUGCCUUUCUGCAGUAUGCUGCCCGGUUUGUCUGUACGUGUCCUUAGGGUCUGAGCUUAAGGCUCAAAUCGGGGAAUUAUACACAGACGACCCCCCCUUGCAGCCAAUAGAGGACUGCUAUUAACACUACUUGGCACAUUCACACUUAUACUACUCCUGAGCAUAUUUCCAAAGGUUACGAACGGUUAGGGUUAGUUAGGGUUAGAGCGUAGGUAUAGCACGGGGUCCCCUCUAGGGGUUUGCUAACCAAAGCGUGGGAGAAUGUGAUUUUAACACCUUUGUGCCUUCAAUUGUUCGUGGAUUUGGAAGCUUCUGAUUCGUCUGACAAGGGGGGGGGGGUUGUCUGUGUAUCAAUCCUCCUCAAAUCUUCCACAUUGCCAAGUCUCUAUCCUCGCCCGUGAUUGGCUGGGCAAUAUAUGCUGCAGUUUAUGUCAUCCCGAGCGAAAUUUUAGGCGGAAGUGAAAUGUUCUCGUUAUGCUUGUUGAGUCGUGGAUUUUUUGCUUCAUAUUAGUGUAUACUGCCCUUUCAUAUCCUACUUUCUCGGAUCAGGUUUUGCAGAGACGGCUUUCACGUCUGCAACAAUUCCCCAAGUGUCAGCGGAUGCAACCGCGUCCUGUCACCAACUGCUGGCGUCAGCGUGUCGCCGCUAUGUCUAGUAGCUAUGAACUUUGGUGAUGCUGCAGGCCAUGGGAUGUAGGAAACUCAUAGAUUCGCCCGAUAUCUAAAUGCUUGUCAUCGGCAAGUAUCGCACUUGCCUGCCAACCUUUUUUAUGUACAGUAUUCUCCGAGCCACGUCGACAACCCCCAAAAGAACACACUUACUCACCUUCAAAAAGUGCCAAACUUGUACGAUAUCCAACUCUCGUAAGGCUUAGUAUCGGGCCCGAAUAUCUGCUUUUCAGUUCUUCCCCACUCAGGAUGAUUGAUACCAUCAAUCCAAUCGUGCGGCUCAACGGCCACACAACCAUUGCUCUUCACAAAGCCACUGGAAGCUGGUCCACCUUGAGAUCUCUUCAACUCGUUGGCACCUACAUAUGUUAGCCCUCGGUCGGGAAGGACAGCGAGAGAGUCCUAAUUCGUACCUCCCAUCCAAUAACAAGAAUACACCACAACACCCGCCUGGUCACUAUACAAAUCCCAUUUGAUUCCACUCCAGUCACUUGACAGCGUCGCAAUUGGCUUGUCCUCAUCCGUGGCAGCCCGAUCAAUAAUCCACUGGUUAUUGUACCCACUACAUCCAAACGCACUCCCACAAUUCCCAUUCCACUCGGGAUCACUCAUACUAGCACCUAACUGCUUCGGCUUACUGACGAAAUCGUUCACGCCGCCUUUUUUGACUCUGGGUAGCUCGCCAGUCGAUUGUGUUGUCCCGUCAAUCCCGAUCAUGCGCUCGCUGAACGGAAGACUUAGCGUAUGGUUCAAGACGAGAUCGGUGGCAGGGUUGGCGAAAGCGUCGAGGUUCCAGUAUGGAUGGGUAGUCAGCAUGAUAGGCGUCUUGUGGUCGACUGCCUUGGCAGACAACUUCGUGCUCCACGUAUUCGCAGUGAUAACAUGCGUUACUUCCCCCAAUACCAGACCUGGAAAUCCCAAAGAUGAGUUCCCAUCAUCGCGGAUAGUGAACGUGAUGCUCGAAUUUGUGACCUGGGAUACUUUCCACGUGCGACGAGACCAGCCGUUUAGACCGCUGUGCAGUGUUCCAUUUCCGUCGUUCGCUUCGGUAAAGUACCGAGUACCGUCGAGAAUGUACGUGUGAUUGGCUAUGCGAUUGGUAUAUCUGCCUGGCACGGCGCCGUAGUCAGGAUGGUUGGGAUCAACGGGGUAGAAGGUCCCGUUGUCGUAGCCUAGGAUGAUAUCUCUCUUCACGCCAUUGCGAUCAGACACAAUCAGACUGGUGAUUGCUGCUGAGUAUGCAAUGAAUUUGGCAGUUAUGCCAGGUGCGGAGAGCGUCGCAGAGGCGAGUAGUGGUUUAAUCAUGAUUCCAGACUUCGAGGAAAACUUCAACAACAAUCGAAUUUGAUAGAGUCCGAGAGGAUGUUUAAGUACGAAACUCAAUACUAGCUCUGACACGAGCGCUCUGAACAUAUGUUGUUUCGCUUCUGGCUGUGGUAAAAACUCCAGAAUAGCCUGCACAUCUUAUAUUGGAAGUAUACAACAACCCCUCAGGUUAAAGUCUCAGAUCAUCUGUCAGCCGUCAGCUCCCUCUCAUCUAUAUCAAACGAGUGAACGGCCAAGAUAUUCAUAUGCAGGGACCCACUUUUCCCAAGCUGUGUGACAG